AUGUCCUUUAACAAGUGGCUUGCAAUUGUAGCUUUAGGAGUAACGUGCCUUCAAAUAACGGCUGAAGAAGUUGCAUGGGAUUAUAGUAACCCUGAAGUUGCGUUACCUCCAUCAAUGAUCAUUUGCAAAAGAAACUUACCAGUUAAAGAGAGAAACGAUUGCAUAUUAAAGAGCAUAGAAAGCCUAUUGCCGAGUUUGAAGAACGGAUAUGCACCCCUCGGAAUCAAUCCUCUUGACCCCUAUAAAGUCAAAAAGACGACACUUCAGUUCAAACAAGGCCCAGUUUAUGCAAAGUUACAGAUGAGAGAUGCAAUCGUUAGUGGUCUUACUAGAGGAAAAGCCAAAGCCGUUCGUUCUAAAGUCAAUGAUAACAAAAUGUACUUGGAAGUCGACGUUGAACUCCCAAAAUUGCGCACAUCAGCCAAUUACAAAGGAUACGGCGGAGUCAACGAUAUCAAGGUUGAUUCAUCCGGAUAUGCAAAUAUCACUCACACAAAAAUCACAUCCACAUGGAAAAUCUACGGAAAUAUCGAAACAAUCCAGAACGAAGAAUACAUGAUGGUCAAAGCCUUCGAAGUGUCUGACUUGAACAUUGACAAAAUGCGUUUCAAUGUCACCGGUAUCUUUGAAGAUCCAGAAUUGAAUAAUUUCAUCAAUGAAUUCGUGAAUUCGCAAUGGAAAAAUUUCUACAAGCAAGUUUUACCUCAGGCGAGAUCAAUGUACGAACCAAUUGCGUUGGACUCUGUGAACAAAAUCUUUGGACGUGUACCUUUUAGACGUCUCAUGCCGAAAGAUUAA